AUGGUUAUAGGAAGACAGAAGAAGCUGCUGCAGCGCGAUCAUGUGGAAAAGGCAAAUAUUGAGUCCACCUGUUCUAAUGAUGCCUGUUACACGGUCCACCUGAAUAAGACAGCAUUUACAGAUGCUCACGUGGAGUGUACCAACAGAGGAGGUGACCUGGUCACCAUACAAAAUGAAGAAGAAGCAGGGCAUGUCCACAGUUUACUUUGGAAACUUACCAGUAGUGCACCAUUGGUUCGCCCAUUAAAGCUUUGGAUUGGUCUGCAGCUAAAGUUAAAGUCCUGUGUUGUUAGAAAUGAAACUUUAAAAGGGUUUUCGUGGAUCACAGAUAAUGAAGAUGCAAAGGAAGGUCAGUUCUCCAACUGGCUGACUGAACCAAAGGCAACUUGUACUAAGAGAAAGUGCGUGAGUAUGAAAUUGCAAAAGGAUUCACCUGAUAAUUACAAAUGGUCGGACGAGUUAUGUUCUUUCCACGCUGAUGGCUACAUCUGCAAAUUCAACUUUGAGGGCAUGUGCCAGCGGGUUGUUCUUGCUGGCCCAGGAUCUGUUGAAUAUGAUACCCCUUUUGGUUUCAAAAUUUCUUCUUUGGACCUUGUUCCGUAUGGCUCUUCAGCAUCUGUGUCUUGUGGGCACAAUGGAGAACAUACAAGACACUUGUUACUUUGUCUGAAAUCAGAUGAAACGAAUUCGUAUCAGUGGGGUAAUUCUCGUUUGGACAAAAAAUCGAACGGACCCUUUUGUGCUUCUGAGAAACUCAGCUGUAAGUACAAAAAUGGUGGAUGUGAACAUGAAUGUGUAGAGUUUCCGCUAAACAAAUCCCUCUCCUGUAGAUGCAAAGAUGGCUAUGUGCUAGCACCCGACCUGGUGUCCUGUGUUCUCCCUGACCACUGCCAGUCUAAUCCAUGUGAGCAGAAAUGUAUAAACCACCAAUAUGGCUUUGAAUGUUCAUGUUUUAAUGGCUUUGCACUGGCUGAAAACCAAGUAAGCUGCUACAAUAUCAAAGGAUGUUUGAAAGGGGAAUGUGACCCAAGAAUUAUCAAUGGGUACAAAACUGAGGGACUGGAAUUAGAAUCCAAUGACACCACUAGCAGUAUUCUAAAAGAAAAUGAUCCAGACCAGACCUCUCCACAUACCUUUAUAAAUGGACAGAACGACAACGGGAAUACACCUAAAAUUACACAACCCACCCUAAAGCCUUCUGUGGAAACUGCUUCCCCUGGUGCAAAUGUCAAAGAACGUUUUCGGCUGAAUAGCCUUCUUCAGUAUAACCGGAUUGUGGCCGCAUAUAGUGCAAAGCUGAAUAAGGAUAAAAUUCCCUCAGUGGGUGGCAGGAAUGCUGCUUCUUACGUGGGCUCUAUGUCCCUGUUUGGCAUGCGGUCCGGGAGGCUGAGGCCUAUGUUCCGGAUUGCCAUCUCCUAA